CUGGGUUCUGGGGGCUACUUCUCUGUUAUAUCUGCCCGUCCAAGAUACAUGCCUCGCAUAGACGCACUCGUGUUACCGGCCAACGGGGGGAGGGGGGGGUCACCCACAACCCCGCCCGGACCCCAAAAACCCCUACCCACCUCCUCGCCUGCGUCAUCUAGUGCGGAGACUAGCGUUAGGGAACGGACGGGAGCCUCGGGCGGGGGUGCUGGACUAGGGCAAAUUGGGGGGUCCGAAGGGGUCCCGAAGUCCACCUCACCCUUUAGCUACCCCGAAGUUCCAUCUCUCACACCUAUAAAUUCGGCACACACACCCCAUCGGGCGGGGUGGUCCAUGGCGUACCAAUCCUUUCGUUGCCUCCGUGUCACAUUUGCCAGGGCUCUGGUGACCUCCACUACAAAUUAA